AUGGCUAUCACACGAUACAACCAACAUCCAGACAUUUUUCUCACCAUAACUGCAAAUCCUAAUUGGCUAGAAAUUACUUCAGCAUUAUUACAGCACCAAAAGCCUAUUGAUCGUCCUGAUUUAAUUGCCCGUGUUUUUGAGUUAAAGAGAAAGUACUUGAUGAAGGAGAUAGAAACAAACCGAGUGUUUGGUAAUAAAGUUGCGCAUGUUUUUACAAUUGAAUUCCAAAAACGAGGCCUUCCUCAUAUACAUGCACUUCUAUUUCAGGGUCCAGACAAAAUUCGGACAUGUGCUCAAGUAGACAAAUUGGUUUGUGCAGAAUUUCUAGAUCCAAAAGAUGAACCUAUGCUUUUUGAAACUAUCAAGUGUUGUAUGGUACAUGGACCAUGUGGUGCUCGAAAUUCACAAGCACCAUGUAUGGAAAAUGGUAAAUGCACUAAGAGAUACCCUCGAGCGUUCACAGAAACAACUACUAUGGAUCAAGAUGGAUAUCCUAUCUAUCGUCGUCACAAUAAUGGUCAAGUUCAUAUUGUGAGGGGGAAAAAAGUUGAUAAUAGAGACAUUGUACCAUGCAAUGCAUAUCUUUCUAAACGUUUCAACUGUCACAUAAACGUAGAAGUUUGUGCCGGAAUGAGAUGUGUCAAGUAUAUACACAAGUACAUUUACAAGGGUUAUGAUUGCACAACGAUGGUGUUGGGAUUGAUAAAUGAGAUGCAACAAUAUCUCGAUGCGAGGUAUAUUGGACCUCCAGACGCUGCUUGGCGAAUAUUUGGUCAUCCAUUGCAUGCUGAGAUACCAACAGUUGUACGCUUAGCACUUCAUUUACCUAGAAUGCACCGUGUUCUUUUUAAUCCUGAUGAAUCAUUAGAAGCAAUUGUUUCUAGAGCUGGCCAACAAAUGUCAACUCUUACUGGUUUUUUUGCAUGUUGCGCUUCUAUGGAAGAUGAAUGUCCAUUCGCUUACCAAGAAUUUCCACAACAUUUUGUUUGGCUUAAUUCAUAA